AUGGAAUCAAUAUUGGACUUUUCAACUGAUCUAGACAUUGCAUUGUUUGAUCAAACUGUUGAUGCUUUUUACAAAGGUUCUGGUGAAAAUCAGAAACAAGCACAAUCAGUAUUGAAUCGAUUUCAAGAACAUCCCGAAUCAUGGAAAUUUGUUGAUAAUAUUUUGUCCAAUUCUACAAACCCGCAAUCUAAAUACAUUGCCUUGUCAUGUUUAAACAAAUUGAUUCAAUAUAGAUGGAAAAUGAUUCCUGAGGAAGAAAGAAUUGGUAUUAGAAAUUUCAUUGUUAAUAUGAUUAUCUCGUUAUGUAAUGAUGAAACUGAAUUUGAAACUCAACGUGCUUUAAUCAAUAAGAUUGAUUUGACCUUGGUGUCGAUUUUGAAACAAGAAUGGCCUCACAAUUGGCCAGAAUUUAUUCCGGAAGUCGUUGCUAGUUCAAGAUCUUCAUACAAUGUAUGUGAAAACAAUAUGAUUGUACUCAAAUUGCUCAGUGAAGAAGUAUUUGACUACAGUCAAGAUCAAUUGACUCAAGCUAAAGCACAGCAAUUGAGAAUUAGUAUGAAGAAUGAAUUUGAAAAAAUUUUCAAAUUGUGCUACGAAGUAUUGGAUAAAACCACCAAAUCAUCAUUGGUUAUCGCCACAUUGAAUGCAUUAUUGAGAUAUAUUCAAUGGAUUCCUUCAAAUUACAUUUACCAAACUAAUUUAUUGGAUAUCUUGUCAACCAAGUUUUUAGCUCCAGUUGAUACUAGAGCAAUUGCUUUGAAAUGCUUGACAGAAAUUAGCACCUUGCCAGAAGAAAAUGCCAAAACAUUGUUAUUUUUCAAAAACACAAUGGAACAAUUUUACAAUAUUGUCCCCAUUACUACAAACUUGAAGGAAAGUUAUAAAGUUGCCUCUACAGCCGAUCAAUCAUUUUUACAAGAUAUGGCCAUGUUUUUGUGUUCGUACUUGGGAAACCAUUUAUCGGUAUUGGAACAACAUCAAGAAGCUAAAGAUUUACUUCAAAAUGCGUUGAUUUACUUGUUACAAUUGUCAAGAAUUGAAGAACGUGAAUUAUUCAAAACUUGUUUAGAUUUUUGGCAAAUUUUUGUCCAUCAACUAUUUGUUGAAACUAGAAAUUUACCCAAUAAUGAGUUGAGUCCGAUGAUGCAAUUGACUUAUGGCAGCACCAUAAAAGCUGGUUCAUCUGGUGGUGCUCCUGAUCCCGCAGAAUUGGCCAAAUUCCCAUUAAGACAACAUCAAUAUGCUGAUAUCUUGUCGAGGUUGAGAUUAGUUAUAAUUGAGAAUAUGGCUAGACCUGAAGAAGUUUUGGUUGUAGAGAAUGAUGAAGGUGAAAUUGUUCGUGAAUUUGUCAAGGAAAGUGACACCAUUCAAUUAUAUAAAUCAAUGAGAGAAGUUUUGGUUUACUUGACUCAUUUGAAUGUUAUCGACACUGAACAAAUUAUGAUUGAAAAACUUUCAAGACAACUUGAUGAAAGUGAAUGGUCAUGGCAAAAUAUAAAUACCUUGUGUUGGGCAAUUGGAUCCAUUUCUGGUGCCAUGAAUGAAGAUAUGGAAAAGAGGUUUUUGGUCAAUGUAAUCAAGGAUUUGCUAUCAUUGACGGAGAUGAAGAGAGGUAAAGAUAACAAGGCAGUUGUCGCUUCCAAUAUCAUGUACAUUGUUGGUCAAUAUCCUCGAUUCUUGAAAGCUCAUUGGAAGUUUUUGAAAACAGUGGUUAAUAAACUUUUUGAGUUUAUGCAUGAAACUCAUGAAGGUGUUCAAGAUAUGGCUUGUGAUACAUUUAUCAAAAUCACCACCAAAUGUAAACGUCAUUUUGUUGUUGUACAGCAAAAUGAACGUGAACCAUUCAUUAAUGAAAUCAUCAGGGAUAUUCAAUCAAUCACCGAAGAUUUGCAACCACAGCAGGUGCACACUUUUUACGAAGCGUGUGGUAUAAUAGUCAGCGCUCAAAACAACAAAGAAGCUAGAAACAAAUUGUUGAGUGAAUUAAUGGCAUUACCAAAUAUGGCCUGGACUUCAAUAAUACAACAAGCGGGUCAAGAUCCUACAUUAUUGACCAAUACUGAAACUGUGAAGAUCAUUGCCAAUAUCAUUAAAACCAAUGUUGCUGUUUGUAAAGCUCUAGGUCCCGGGUUUUACCCACAAUUGGGAGGCUUGUAUGUGGACAUGUUGUCAUUGUAUAAGGCCGUUUCAUCAAUGAUUUCCGAUGCAGUUGCAAAGGAUGGCAUCAUUGCUACCAAGACCCCCAAAGUUAGAGGUUUGCGAACCAUUAAAAAGGAGAUUUUGAAAAUGAUUGAAACGUAUAUAAACCAAGCGGAAAACUUGGAGGAAAUUGUUAGAGAUUUGACUUCCUCAUUAUUUGGUGCCGUGUUAGAAGACUAUAGCUCCAAUGUACCUGAUGCUAGAGAUGCAGAGGUUUUGAGAUGUAUGACUGCAUUGGUGGCAAAGGUGGGGCCAUUGAUACCCGAUGGUGUGGUUUUAAUUUUGCAAAAUGUAUUUGAGUGUACUUUGGACAUGAUCAAGAAUGAUUUUGUUGAAUACCCUGAACAUCGUGUUGAAUUUUACAAACUUUUAAAAGAAAUCAAUGCCAAAUCAUUCCAAGGGUUGUUGCAAUUAUCAGGCGAAGCGUUCCAAUCAUUAAUUAAUGCUGCACUUUGGGCAUUCAAGCAUAAUAAUAGAGAUGUUGAAGAUAAUGGAUUAUCAUUGACGUUGAACUUGAUUGAAAAUGUCGAACACUUGGGUGAUACUCCCUUCACCAAGGCAUUUUAUGAAAAUUUCUAUUUCCAAAUCUUGUCUGAUACUUUGUACGUAUUCACGCAACCCGAUCAUAAAGCCGGAUUUAGAUAUCAAGCGCAAUUAUUGGCUCAAUUGAUCCAUUUAGUUGAGGAUAAUGUUAUCAAGUAUCCACUUUACACAUCUUCACAAGCACCAGAAGGAACAUCAAAUUCCGAUUACUUGAAACAAUACCUUUCACAGUUGCUUUCAUCGGCAUUUGAUAACUUACAACCAGAACAAUUGACCAAUUUCUUGAAAGUUAUUACUUCAGUUUAUGAUGAUUUGUUCAAAUUUAAAGCAACAUUGAGAGAUUUCCUCGUUCAGUUGAAACAAUUUGGUGGUGAUCCUACUGAUUAUUUGUUUGCUGAGGAUAAGGAGUUGGAGAAGAUUGAAAUUGAUCGAAAGCAACGUGAAAAGGAUUUACAAGUUGGUGGAUUGAUUAGGCCCUCUGAAUUGGAUGAUGAUUAG